CUGGAAGCUCCAGUCGCCGAGCAACCCCAAUCCCCAUACCAUUAUCUGACCAUUUAUUUACUGUUGAACUAUCGAAAUAUACCCCCUAUUACCUGCCCUAGUCUACCUUGCCUUUCAUCUUCACACUAUGGAUGCCCUUACGCCGAACGAGCAGCGCGAGCUCCAAAACCGCAUGGAGAAGAAGCAGAUGAAGGAAUUCAUGAAUAUGUACUCGAACCUCGUCCAACGGUGUUUCGACGACUGCAUCAACGGUUUCGAGAGCAAGUCCCUGACUUCCCGUGAAGAGAGCUGCAUUAUGCGAUGCGUGGACAAGCACAUGAAGGCCUCCCAGCGCCUGGGUGACCGGUUCCAGGAGCAGAAUGCUGCGAUGGCGCAACAGGGCGCUCUGCCCGGACGGUAAAGCAAUGUUAGAAUACGAGCAGUUGGGAACGGAACGAUUGAUAAACAAACGACCAUAUUUGGGACUGAAAGACACAUGGGUGUAUCGAGGGUUCUCUGCAUGGUGGCUGGGAGAGCACCUCUUGUUGAGAUGUGGAUUGGCGCGCUACAUCGAAGCGCUCCCUGUAUAUUAUAUGGCCCCAGUAUGGUACUCGGGAUUGUAAGAUAAACCUCUAAUGUCUCGGUUCUCCUCAAAUGUGGAGAAUAGUGCCGACAUUGAUUUCAUCCGCGUAAUACCGAUGUUGAUGCC